UCGUCGUCGACACUCGGUCCCUUUCCCUCUUAUAUUAAUUACUAUGGCUGCUGCCUGCCACCAUUGCUUUGCCAAUCGCCUGCCAUCACACCCCUCCCCGACAUGGAAGAAAAACCUUAAAUUCCUCGUACAGAUUUAACCCUCCUCUGUAAGAAAGGCGAUCCAUCAGGCCAGCUGAGGGCUUUCAUUUGCUUUUGCUUUUCUUUUCUGGGGGCAAAAAAUGGAAAGGUACGAAAUUCUCAAGGACAUCGGCUCUGGUAAUUUUGGAGUUGCCAAGCUUGUCAAGGACAAAUCCAGCGGGGAACUCUACGCCGUCAAGUAUAUUGAGAGGGGCAAGAAGAUUGAUGAACAUGUGCAGAGGGAGAUUAUGAAUCACAGGUCCUUGAGACAUCCUAAUAUCAUCAGGUUCAAGGAGGUUUUACUUACGCCGACUCACCUAGCCAUUGUCAUGGAGUAUGCAGCCGGAGGCGAGCUGUUCGAACGCAUAUGCAAUGCAGGGAGGUUCAGUGAAGACGAGGCGAGGUUUUACUUUCAGCAGCUGAUAUCCGGAGUCAGCUACUGCCAUUCCAUGCAAAUUUGCCAUAGAGAUUUAAAGCUCGAAAACACAUUGUUAGAUGACAGCUCUGCGCCUCGUCUUAAAAUCUGCGACUUUGGUUAUUCCAAGUCAUCAGUGUUGCAUUCUCAACCGAAAUCAACUGUUGGAACCCCUGCCUAUAUUGCGCCAGAGGUCUUAUCGAGAAAAGAGUACGACGGCAAGAUUGCAGAUGUUUGGUCUUGCGGGGUUACCUUGUACGUGAUGCUCGUUGGCGCAUACCCAUUCGAAGAUCCCAGCGAUCCCAGGAAUUUCAAGAAAACCAUCAAUAGAAUACUCAGCGUUCACUACUCGAUCCCCGACUACGUCCGUGUCUCCAAGGACUGCAAGCAUCUCCUGUCCCGAAUUUUUGUCUCCAACCCCGAAAAGAGAAUAAGCAUCCCGGAAAUAAAAAAGCACCCGUGGUUCCUCAAGAACCUCCCGCCAGAGCUGGCAGAGUUGGGGGAUGCACCGAAGCCGGAGGUGAGGGACGAUCAUCAUUAUCCUUCCCAGCAGAGUCUCGAGGAGGCGUUCGGGAUUAUUCAGGAGGCGAGGGAGCCGGGAGUUGGGGUCCCGAAAUCCAGUGGGUUCCUCAUCAACGGGAGCAUGGAUUUCGACGAUGAUCUCGACACCGACGACUGCGAUGAUUUGGAUGACAUCGAGACCAGCGGGGAUUUUGUUUGUGCAAUGUGAUGAUGAUGAUGAUGGUGGUGAAGGUGAUCGAUGCAUACCACUUACUUACUAUAUAAGGGCUGUCUUGUUUUAAUUUGUGUCAGAACCUCAGAUUGGAGCGAUGAUAUUGAUUUCAAUGUUCGUUCGUUUGUUGUUGUUGUUGCAUGGGUCGGGUCAGGGUCAAAGAGACGGGUGGGGUGUUGUAGUAGUAGUAGUAGUAAUGGCCUUUAAAUUUGCUUGUUGAGGGAUCGCUCGUCCGCUCUUGCAAGUGUGGUUCGGAAAAAAGGAUGAUCAUGUUUUGUUUGUAUUCACUAUCGUACCAAAAUACAAUUUCAUUUUAUGUUUUAUUA